GGUGAACGGUGAUCUUUCUUUGUGGUUUCUCGCCGAAGCGUUAGCGGAAGUUCGUCAUCAAUGUGCGCCCGUUGUCUUGGCAACGCUUCCGUGUGCCGCAAUGUCACUGUUUAGGGACAUGUUAUCUUUUGACCGAUGAUGCCAAAAACAUGCACCGACAAGUUGUGGGACUUGGCCGCCGCCGAGGUCCAAAGUCGGGAGAGCGAUGCUGGAGAGGACGCCGAUGGUCGAGGAGAAGCAGUGGGGGAGAGGACCGUCUUUCUCAUGGGAAGUAAGGCUGGGGGUAAAACGUCUCUUCUGCUUCGAUGCCUGGACAGGGAUGAACCAGCUAAGCCCACUCUGGCUCUGGAGUACACGUUUGGCAGGAGAGCCACAGGACAUAAUACGCCCAAAGACAUAGCCCACCUGUGGGAGCUGGGCGGUGGGACUUCCUUGUCAGAUCUCGUGCAGAUCCCCAUCACUGCUGCUAGCAUCAGGUCCCUGUCCAUCAUCCUGGUGUUGGAUCUGUCUGCUCCGUCUACUCUGUGGGCUACGAUGGAGACAUUGCUGCAGGUGGCGCAGACCCACGUGGAGCAGGCUGCUUCUCAGGCCCGACAAGUUGACAAGAAACGAGCGCAGUCCAAACAAUCAGCGACCGCGCUUUUUGCUGCACGUGUCCUGCCCAAGGACUUUCCCGACAGAGAGCUGAUUAGCCCCUUUCCAGUUCCUCUGCUCAUCAUCGGCAGCAAGUAUGACCUCUUUCAGGAAUUGGCGUCGGACAAGAGGAAAGUGGUUUGCAAGACGUUGCGUUUUGUUGCUCACUACUACGCCGCCUCGCUUAUUUUCAGCAGCAUCAAGUCGGAGAGCCUCGUGUCCAAGACCAAAAGCUUCUUCUCCCAUCUGGCCUUCAAUGCGGACACAGGGAAAACAAUGUCAUGUGACUCCAGUAAGCCCCUCAUCAUUCCAGUUGGCUCUGACUCUUUCAGCCAAAUCGGCUCUCCGCCUACAACAGAAAUAGACAUCACUUCUCUGCACGCCAAGAACCCCAAAGACCUCUGGAAGAAAGUCUACGAGCGCAUCUUCCCCCCUGAGAACACCAGCGAGAAGAAGGAAGAGAAAGAUCCAGCCAAGGACCCGCAGUACAGCGAGCCGCAGAUUGACGCAAUGCGGGCGCAGAAAGACCAGGAAUUGGAAGAGUACAAGAAGAAUGCAGCCAAGUCCUGGAAAGGCCUGCAACUGGACACAUAGCAACGCCACUCGAAAAGUGUAUUUGUAAAUUUCUCAAUUUUUUUCCAAUAGAAAAAUAAACUCAUUGGAUUUUUACUCUGAGGAAUUACUGAGAGGAUUAGGUGAAAAAUAAAUUUAAUAGUAUAAAAAAUGGAAAUCAUUGUUACAUUUUAGUAGUA